CAAGUUGAUAGAUAAUCAAUGUCCACCUUCCAAAUAUUCAACGCAAACACAAUUCAUCAAGUCCUUCCAAAUAUUCAUUACAAUACAAAUGGUUUUAAGUUCAAACUAACAUGAGAAAGGUAACCAAUAUCUAAAUUCCAAGCAUAACUUGUAGAAACUCCAACGGUCUUGCUUCUUAGCUCUUCACUCUUGGACAAUUGAGACCUUUGAAUUCAAAAAUAGUACAAUAAACAUGAAACAAAACAAUGAUGGUUAGUGAUUAAUAUGUAUAUAGCUAAUUACAAAUAACCAAGUAGAAUAAAAUCUCAACUUCUUACCUCUAAAGUCAUCAAUCAUGCAUAGAAACAUCGGAAUUCUCACCACAAGCACUACUAGAUGCACAUGCACUACCAUCGUUCCUCCUUCCACUUGAACUUGGUAAAUUGGAAGUCGAGGUAGAUGAAACAAGAUUAUCACUUAUGGAGAUUACAUUCAUCAACUUGUCCAAUUCUGCAUGAUUAAAAGGGCUCAAAAUUAGUCAUGCCAUACAAAUUAAUCAUGUUUUCAAAAUGUAAAGCUAGAUUUGAGACUUUACCUUCAUCUAUUUUCUUGACCUCUUUUGGAUCCUCCUCGGCUGAUGGUGGUGCAGAAUCACCACGAAUUCAAUCUGAGCUACAAAUUAAAGCCUCCACAAUUUUAGGAGUCAAUGAACUUCCGAAAUCAUCUAGAAUCCUCCCACCAACGCUAAAGGCAGAUUCAGAUGCAACGGUAGAGAUUGAGACCGCUAAAACAUCCUUAGCCAUCGUGGAAAGGGCUGGAAACCUCAAGUUGUUAACCUUCCACCAACCAAGUACAUCAAACUUGAGCACCAUUGGUUCGUCUUCCUCACAAAGGUAUUUCUCAAUCUCGGAUUUGUUUACCGCCCCUACACUUUGCUCUCUAUGCUUUUUGUAUUCAGCAAGUACAUCAAGCUCAUCCCCAUCACCCUCCUCCACAAUUGGGGCCAAAGAAGUAUAGGCAUUCUUGGAUUGUUUCAAAUUCCAAAGUUAUUCAUAGUGAGCAAAUAGAUCAACAAAGCAGUUAAACAGAUUCUAGACACACUUGCUAUUAAACAAAUAGCAAUCUCAAUUCUCAAAUAGCAAUCUUAAGUUUUUGAAUAUUAAGAACCUACCAACACAUGGACAUCCACACCCUCGUUUGGAAUCUGUUGACUGUCGGCGUCGGUGAAGCUGCCGGUGGUUUUCUUUGGCAUUCGACUAGUGGUCAUGUUUCAAGGAGACGAGUGAGUGGUACUGUCGACGGGAGCUGGGUGUCUAUCGACGGGAGCAGGAUGGCUGUUGGGUGUCGGCGGGAGCCGGGAGAGUUUGUGAGUGACUGGGUGUGGGUGCCGUCGUGCCGACUGCCGGGUGGGAGUGGGAGGGAAGCGGCGGCCGGCGAGUGGCUUGGCGAACUGGCGAUGGGAGAGAUGGAUGAAUGCUGAGUCGCAGAGAGAGGUCGAGAGUCGAGAUUGGGAUUCCAGAAUCGGGAGAGGCCGUCUGGACUCGGUGUCGGGUCGGGCUCGGGGAGAGGCCGACAGGCCGCCGGGGUUGGGGGAUGACGAGAUGGCCGACGGACGACGCAGACGGGGACGCGGCAGAGCAUAUGUGGGGUUUCCACCUUUUUGAUUUCGCCUCUCUGCUGGCUGACGGCUGCUCCUGGCUACGUAGGGUUUCGAAUUCAGCAUUCAGUAUCAGCAAGCCUUAGUGUUUUUCGGAUAGGAGAAGGAGAGUGGGCUGACUGGCUGUUGUGGCAGGUUUGGGCUUGGCCGUUUGGGCUUUAGUUGGAUCAAGUAGGGAGUGGGCUGACUGCUGAGGUUUGAAAAUAAUUGCAGAUAUUAUCC